CACGCUGCGGAGGGGGGGCUCGCGCCCCGGCCUGUGCGGGGCUCAGUCCCGCGGACCCACGUCUGCCAGCCCCGCGCCAGGUGCGGAGCGGGGGCGCUACCUCUUUAAAAGCGCCGGGGGCCGAGCCUCUGCCGCACCAUGUGAUUGCUUGAAAGGCCGGGCUGGCCGCGCUGCGGCGGGAGCGGAGGACCGGGAGCUGCCCCGCUCGCCGCGGAGCCCUGGGCGGCACCAGGUGCCCCCAACUCUGGGCAGGAUGGUGAGCUCCUCGCACCCUGUUCUGUGGGCGCGGGGGACCCUGCGGGGUGUGCGUGCGCGCGCGCGUGUGCUGGGAGCAGCCUCACACCUGAUAAAAAAGCCCGUGGAGCAGUGAGCACAGCUAUUUUAAGUUGCUGACUGGGACCUCUGGGGACGAUAAGGGGAAGGGACAAAGAUUAGGCAGAGAAAGGGCCAGCGUACCUCUUCAGCCUGAGCCGGCAACAGGCGUGCCAAGUGGGGCGCGCCUCCGAGGGCCGCGGGAGUCCCGGGGCUGCCAGGCAGGCCCCCCACGCAGGCUCCCGUGCCCACAGGUGCCCGCCGGCCGGCCGACGCGCCCCCUGGCGCCCGCCUGCUGAUGCGCCGCCAUGCCUCCGUCCAUCUCGGCCUUCCAGGCCGCCUACAUCAGCAUCGAGCUGCUCAUCGCGCUGGUCUCGGUGCCCGGGAACGUGCUGGUGAUCUGGGCAGUGAAGGUGAACCAGGCGCUUCGGGACGCCACCUUCUGCUUCAUCGUGUCGCUGGCCGUGGCUGAUGUGGCCGUGGGCGCCCUAGUCAUCCCACUCGCCAUUCUCAUCAACGUGGGGCCUCAGACUUACUUCCACACCUGCCUCAUGGUCGCCUGCCCUGUCCUCAUCCUCACCCAGAGCUCCAUCCUGGCCCUGCUGGCCAUCGCAGUGGACCGCUACCUCCGCGUCAAGACGCCACUCCGGUACAAGGAGGUGGUGACGCCGCGCAGGGCUGUGGUGGCCAUCGCCGGUUGCUGGAUCCUGUCCUUCCUGGUGGGCCUGACACCCAUGUUUGGCUGGAACAACCUGAGUGAGGUGCAGCGGGCCUGGGCAGCCAACGGCAGCGUGGGCGAGCCCGUGAUCAAGUGCGAGUUCGAGAAGGUCAUCAGCAUGGAGUACAUGGUGUACUUCAACUUCUUCGUGUGGGUGCUGCCCCCCCUGCUGCUCAUGGUGCUCAUCUACCUGGAGGUCUUCCACCUGAUCCGCAAGCAGCUUGCCAAGAAGGUGUCGGCCUCCACGGGCGACCCGCAGAAGUACUACGGGAAGGAGCUGAGGAUCGCCAAGUCGCUGGCCCUCGUCCUCGUCCUCUUCGCCCUCAGCUGGCUGCCCCUGCACGUCCUCAACUGCAUCACCCUCUUCUGCCCCUCCUGCCACAAGCCCAGCGUCCUCAUCUAUAUCGCCAUCUUCCUCACGCACGGCAACUCGGCCAUGAACCCCAUUGUCUAUGCCUUCCGCAUCCAGAAGUUUCGUGUCACCUUCCUGAAGAUCUGGAACGACCACUUCCGCUGCCAGCCAGCGCCCCCCACUGACGAGGCCCCAGAAGAGAGGCCUGCUGACUAGACUCGACGUCCUCUGUGGGCUCCCAGCUGCCCACACCCAGAGCAUCCGGCCCAGCCGCAGCGCCCCGCUGUCCCACCUGGCUCUGGGAGCCUCCCCUGGCGAUUCCCUGCACCUCUGGGUUCUGGGCGAGGUUUGGGGGGCAGCCCAUGGGGAAGGGAACAGGUAACCUGAGGGGAGGAGGAAAGUGGCUGGAGUCUCCCCACCUGCAAGACCAUCCUAAGGGCAACCCCGGCUUCAGGCUGGGUGGGGCCUGGGGACACUGGGACGGAGAAGGGCCUGUGGACAUGGAGGGGAGCUGCUUGUCCUACAGGGACCAAGCUUAAAGACAGGAGAGGAUGGAGUGAGGGGGAGAGACCGGGCGUCUUGGCCUUGUUCUCUCUCCUUUUCUGUCGGAGAAGGUGGCCAGAGCCACUGAGGGCCGCAGUCAAGGAGCCUCAGUCCCCACCUGCCAGGGACCCCGUGCCUCCAGCCAUGCUGGCUGCCAGGGCGCCUUCUCUCCUUGUCCCGAGAAGCCCAGGAUUAGACUUGGGGGAUGCAGAAGGAGCUUGAUUCUACACCAGCCUUUGCCCCCAGAGCAAACGUGGAGGUGUAGCCUCAUGCAGCCAUCAGGUGGCAGCCUUGAGCAGCCCGGAGAGGAGACUGGAGUGUUAACCGCUUGUCAUCUGGGCCACCAGGGCCACCAGUCCCCGCAGACGGGCCUGGACGCUCCUAGGUGACACCCAUCUAUGCUGCUUCUGGGCCUGAUGGAGGCACGCCAGCUCUUGGGAGCAUUCUGCCAGGAGGAAGUGUACAAGAGACUGUGGGCUGACUGUGGGCGCUGGUGGGAUGAGGUGUGACAGGCUGGAACAGGACAGAGACCCUCCUCCUGAGAGUGUGGGUGAGAAGGGCUUGCUGGCAUCUACCCUCAGUACCCCUGGCAUGCAACCCAGUUUUCAGGGGUUUGGAGGCACCUGGGGAAGGUUUGCCCCCUGCCGACCCCAAAGCCCUUUGCACAGAAGGGUGAGGGCGUGGUUCUGAGUGUGAGCGGCUACUCCAGGCCCUCCCUCUCUCAGAGGUGCAUUGUCUCCUGGCUCCCAGGGAAGGCCACCUGGCUAAUCAGAGACUGAACCCUCAUGGAGAGCACACGGCGGGCCACCCGCCCCCACCACCUCAGAGGAGGACAGACAGCCUCGGCUCGGAGGAAGCCGUGGUGGGGCGGGUGGGAAGUGGGAGGGGGCAUAUGGAGGCCAUCAGAGCACGAAGGGCUCCAGGGAAGGGCUUGUCCUUGUCCUUGUCAUCGUGGGGUAGCAAGCUCUGAAUGUGAAAACAAGAGCCUGAAAAAUCUCACGUCUGGAAAACCCCAAUGACUCCUUGGGUCCCCUCCCACUGGUACCUUCACAAUGUCAUACGUGGAGGCACCCAACACGAUGACGCUCGCUGUCACAGACGCCCCUGCACUGUCACACCACACACCUUUAUUUGACUGCUUCUCGCCCGGCACACAACCCUUUGCAGAGGCACUCUGGUGUCGGCAUCUUCCAGUGCCCCUCGUGCCCGGAAAGCCGGGGCUGGUUUCUGCCAGGCCCGCUCCUGAGUUCCAGGCUCCAGACUUGGGGGAAGGAGGCUGGAGCAGAGCCAUCAGCCGUCACCACGGAAAUGGGGGUCUGGGUCAUCCACAGAGCUGGUCCUGGUCCUGGUCCUGGUGGGCCUGACAUGCCUGACGUCCCAGGCCCUCAGCAGCUGGCAGAUCACAUGCUUUAAGAGCCCCUGGUGUGGGCAGAGCUGGGCUGAAGAGGUGGGACGGGGCGGGGAGCAGCCCUCCAGACCUCCCUCCCUUGGGGUCCAGUGCCCGGGCCUGAGCUCUGCGCACGUCCUCACUGUCCAGAGGCCUAGAACCAUCUGCUCAGGGAAGGCAGGCACACAUCGCUGUCCCCACUUUUCUGAUGGGAAGACAGGUCCAAGAGAGAGCCCUGGCCUCAGGUCACUCAGAGCCAGGCCUAGACCGUCCUCCGAGUCACUGCCAUCCAGGCCUCACUGGCAUCGCCUGCAUGCCACGCUGUCCUCACGUCUCUGAGACACCCUGAGACUGCGUGUGUGGCCGCCCCCCUCCUCACCCCACCCCAGAGGCAGUGGCGGGGGCGGGGCAAGUGCAGCCGAUUACCUUCCUCUUCGUCAGAGCCUCCUCCAGCUGCUCUUCAGUGUGUGGCUGAGGCUGGAAGAGAUCCCACAGGUCAGCGCUGGGGUUGGGGGGUGGGUGUUGGGAACCCAAGCAGGGAAGGAAGGAUGAGGGAGGCUCAAGGUGCACCCCACUGCUUUGCCCACGGUGGGCCAUACUCCCUCGUGGAAAGUCCUGACGGCCGGGUCUCUGUCUGUUGCCCUCUGUCUUGCCUUGGUUUUUAGCGCUCAGCUGCCUCCGUUCCACGGAAGAGGUGACUUCUGCCCUCCCAUCCAUGGAGACACCCUCAUCAGC